UUUAAAGAAAAUGUAUUAUUUUUCAUGUUUCUGUCUUUUUUGUGGAGUACUUGUGAUUGCGGCAAGAUUAUCAUUGUUCCUUUGGAGGGGAGUCACUGGAUUAACAUGGACAUCAUAAUCAAAGCUCUUCACUCUAAUGGGCACACCAUUACAGUUGUACGGACCACAGAAAGCUGGUACAUCCCAGACAACGCCGAAUAUUUCAAUACAGUUACAGUUCAUGUUGAAGAAGCCUUCAAUCCUGAAUUUAUGAAUCCAAUACUGGAAAAAAUAUUUCCAUUGGAGAGAGGGGGAGGCUCUUUUAUGACCUUUGCAAGUUUACAACUGGAGAUGUUUACGGCAAUGUAUGACAUGCAUGGUCUCAUCUGCAAAAUGGCAAGAAGCAUGUUCACAGAUAUAGAUUUGAUGAGUCAUCUGAAUGAGGGUAAAUAUGACUUGGUGCUCACUGACCCUGCGUGGGGGGCUGGAAUUAUGCUCGCUCACUAUCUUAAAUUACCACUGGUGUAUAAUGUACGCUGGGUUACAAGUGGAGAGGGGCAUUUGGCUACUGCACCAUCACCUUUGUCAUACAUUCCCAUAACUGUUUCAGGACUGUCUGACAAAAUGACUUUUGUACAAAGGCUCAAAAAUAUAUUGUUCUAUUUAUUAUGGCAAGUGCAGGAUACAUUUCUAAUAGACCCACAGUAUCAAGCAGUGUGUACAGAGUUCUUUGGGCCUAAAGUUAGAUAUAGGCACUUAUUACAGGGGGCAGACAUCUGGUUAAUGAGAGUGGACUUUGUGUUUGAGUUUCCACGUCCUACGAUGCCUAAUAUGGUCUAUAUGGGAGGGUUCCAGUGUAAACCUGCUCAACCGCUCCCUCAGCACUUAGAGGACUUUAUUCAAAGUUCUGGAGACCAUGGAGUUAUCCUCAUGUCUAUGGGGACGUUUGUGAAUGAACUUCCUCAUGACCUGACAGAUGACAUUGCAGCAGCUUUUGCCAAGUUGCCACAGAAAGUCAUCUGGAAACACAAAGGCUACAGACCGGCCUCUCUGGGAAACAACACUUUACUUGUGGACUGGAUGCCUCAGAAUGACAUCCUGGGACACCCCAAAACCAGACUGUUUGUGGCUCACGGGGGGACAAAUGGUCUUCAAGAAGCUAUGUAUCAUGGAGUCCCUGUAGUGGGUGUGCCUGUGUUCUUUGACCAGUAUGAUAACUUACUGCGCCUUCAAGCAAGGGGAGGGGCUAAAAUACUCACUCUGUCCACAGUAAAUAAAAAUAGCUUUCUUAGUGAUAUUCAAGAAGUCUUAUCUGACCAAUCAUACAGGGAGAAUAUGCAGAGACUGUCCAGGCUGCACAGAGACCAGCCAAUAGAGCCACUGAACAGGGCAAUCUUCUGGAUAGAGUUUGUCAUGAGACACAAAGGAGCUGCUCAUUUGAAAUCUGAGUCCUAUACCUUGCCAUGGUAUUCCUAUUACUCUAUUGACGUGAUUAUUGUUGUUUUGUCGGUAGUUCUAUCCAUUUCUUGCCUUCCCUUACUAUGUUGUAGAUGGGGCUGUGCAGAGAAAAGGCUAGAAAAGUUAAAAUCGCACUAA